CAACAAUGCUGUUACUUGACGUGCACGCUCUCGCCGACCCCCUCACCGACGAGCCACUCCCGCCCGCAGCCCUGCCCGGCCUCUUCCGUCGCCGCCACCAGCCUGAGCCGCCGGCAAAACGGCGGCGCAUCGACCCGACAGAGGACAGCGCGUGCCUGGUGAGAGUACGCCUCCAACUGCGCUUUGCCGGAGCCUCGUUCCCUGCCGCGGCCCCAGACUCCACUGGUACUGGUAGGAGUAAUGUUUUGCUCAAGUCGGCCUCCGAUUUGCAUUUGACUUUCUCUUCGCCCGACAAGCCUGCCACGGAUGUCUGCGUCUCUUUUACGUCGCACCAGUUGUCACAACCGGCUCUGCUCCACCUGCAAGCCAUCGCCAAAGUGGCUUCCCGGGACCUGUCAACCAGAAAGCCGGACCCGACGCCUCUGUGGUCCCGUGUCGUCUUGCUUCAUCCGACAUCCAUCGAAAAAGACUUUUCCGUCACCAACGAGAUCAUUCUCGAAGCUCAACUUUUCUGGAAGCUCGGGCUCUUUAGCGAGAGAAAGUCUUCUAAGCGUCGGGGAGCGGACUUGGGGGCCGAGUUGCUCCGCACCUACUUUCCGCAGGAGUCGGAAGUCCAAACGUCAUGGUUGGUCAAGGAUUUCUACGAUGUGGUUCACGUGCCGCCCAUGGACUCUCAGGCCGUGCAUGACAUACCCGAAGGCCUCAUGAGUUGUCAGUUAUAUCCAUUUCAAGCCAGGACCGUCAAUUGGUUGCUUGAACGGGAAAACUUCGAUUUUGCGGACAAGAAGCCCCUGAACGUUGGUGAACGGUCUUCCCAAGAGCUCCCAUUGUCAUUCUAUUCUGCUCGUGAUUACGACGGCAGUCCAUGUCUCGUUAGCCACCUCCGACGUAUCGUGAUCUCUGACAUUACCGGCUUUCCCAAAGAAGAGGACGUCAGAGGAGGGAUACUGGCAGAAGAGAUGGGCUUGGGUAAAACUAUUGAACUCGCCAUGUUGAUCUGCCUACAUCGCCGAACACUGCAUAAAAGGACGGUUUACGAUGCUUAUACUGAUUCCGAUGUCGCAGCGUCCGGAGCUACUCUCAUAAUCACUCCACCGUCCAUUCUUGACCAAUGGAUGAACGAACUUAACCGCAAUGCACCACAUCUCAAGGUCCAUCACUACAAGGGCAUAGGAACGCUAAAGGAAGAGGAUGAAGAACAUGCCAUCCAAGACUUACUCGGUUAUGAUGUUGUGUUGACGACAUAUAAUAUCCUGUCCCGCGAGAUUCAUUUCGCCAACACAGCACCAUCCCGCGACCUUCGGUAUGCAAAGGUCUACAAGCCUAGGCGCAGCCCUCUCGUCCAAAUAUCAUGGUGGCGGUGUUGUUUGGACGAAGCCCAAAUGAUCGAAACCGGAGUCUCUGCAGCUGCUAUAGUGGCUCGUCAGAUACCCAGAAUCAAUGCUUGGGCCGUCUCCGGAACGCCGCUUCGAAAAAACUUGCAUGAUCUGUUCGGGCUUCUGAUCUUUUUACGUCAAGAGCCUUUUUGUAGUAACAAGGCGCUCUGGGACUGCAUUGACAAGCGCACUUUCAAAGAGCUCUUCAGCCGGAUUGCUUUACGACAUUCAAAGGACCAGAUCCGACACGAGCUACACUUGCCACCUCAAAGGCGAAUCAUCAUGCGCAUGCCUUUUUCGGCCAUAGAACAGGCCAACUACGAUCAACUUCUGCAGCAGUUGCAUGAGGAAUGUGGAUUGACCCCUGAAGGUGCUCCCGCACGUGAAGACUGCGAUGUCAGUCCAGAGAGGCUUCGGCCCUGGUUAACUAGACUGCGACAAGUCUGCCUCCAUCCCCAAGUAGGCGGAAGAAACAGACGAGCCUUGGGAAGAGGCAACGGACCUCUGCGCACAGUCAGAGAGGUUCUGGACGUCAUGAUUGAGCAGAACGACGUGCAAGUGCGAGCCGAGCAGCGCGAUCAUAUUUUGGCGCAAGUGCAACGCGCACAUAUCAUUUGCAACGCAAGGGAUAAUGUCCAGCGGAGCCAGCAUGCGCUCGGUACAUACAUGUCAGCUUUGAAUCAAGCUGAGUCAAUUGUUGAUGAGAUCCGCCGGGAACUGGCCACGGAGGAAAGCACAACAGAUGCCAAGCAAUCCAUUUUGGCAGGAAAGGGAGCCUCAGACAACUUCUCAGACGUUGAGGAUCAGGAUGACGAGCAAUCAAAGCACACACGCAAUGCUACAUUGCGUAAGGCGCUUCGGUACGCCUUGGAAGUACAACACAUAUGCGCUUUUUUUGUUGCUACAGCCUACUAUUUAACAAAAACGAACAAGGAUCUCACUAAACCCGAAACAGAGGAUUCUUUUGAGCUCUUAGAAGCUCAGUACUACGACAAGGCCAAGUCUAUCCGCAAAGAACUUCUUCGGGAGAGCCAUUCAAAGUCUGAAACAAUCAUGCGGAAAAUAAGCCUUUCGAAAAACAAGGUUAUAAUCACUGCGAUCACCGAUUUUGAAGACUACGGUGGCAUAGAAAGCCGCAGAGUCCUCGAUAAAUUGGACCAUCUUGUGUCGAUUAUGGACAAACAAGGUCAAAUGCUAGGUGAUUUACGCGCGAACGUAGUUGCAACGUUGUUGCUGCCUCUUAUUGAUGAAGACGAAGGCAACGAGACGACUGGAGCCGAAUACGAGGAAUCUACGCAGGCGCAAGAUAAACUACAAGUACACCUAACAGUACUUCGGGCUGUUCUUGCCGACAGAAAUCUUGCACUUACAGGCCAACCGAACUACAAGAUCCGUAAGGAAACUGAACACUCGCAAAAUCAGGCGAAAGAGGGCAGGGGACCAUGCCCAGAACUAUUGUUGCGUUUAUAUGCUGAGCGGGACCGUCUGAAGCCGACGGUUGAGGGUGAUUCUCUGCGGAGUGUCAUCUCGGAGUUGAAGAGCAUUGCAACUUCUCUGGAUGGGUCUGCAGCAAAUAAGAAUACGAGAGCCAUGGCAGAACUGGCUAUCGUUGAAAAGCAACUCGAUGAGAUACAACGAGUCUCAUCGCAAGAGUUGAAAAGGGUUUUGGAAUUUGAGAAAGAACUGGAACUCUACCGCAAUGGCAUGAAUGCGCGCGUGGAGUUCUAUCGUCAGCUACAACACAUUUCGGACACGGUUGCCCCUUACAAAGAAGACCUCGAUGAGAACCUAGACCGAGCAGCGCUGGACGCGCAGGUUUUCAAGGAGAGCAAGGCUGCCGACCGAGUUGCCUCUCUCAAGACGAAGCAGAGAUUUCUGCUCAAUCUGAGGAAAGAGUCUGACGAACAGCAAGGGCCCCGUCUCUGCGUCAUUUGCCAGUCUACCUUUGACCUUGGCGUGCUCACCGUCUGCGGACAUCAGUUUUGCAAAGAUUGCAUAACGUUCUGGUAUCGGGACCACAAAAACUGCCCGCUGUGCAAACGGAAGCUCUCCCUCAGGGAUUUCUAUGAAGUUUCGUUGAAAGGACAGGAGCUGCGUGCACAUGAGGAAUCGCAGCCGACGGCAAAGUCGAGUGUUGUUUCGGCGAUGGCACAUUCGUCCAUUUACUCGGAAAUGAGCCAGGCCGCGGUCGACGAGAUCAAAGCAGUAGAGCUUGAGGCAUCGUUCGGCACAAAGAUCGACACGCUUUGCAAACACAUUCUCUGGAUCCGUGAGAGUGAUCCGGGCUCUAAGUCGAUAGUAUUUUCGACUCAUGGCGACUUCUUCACGGUGCUCCAAGACGCAUUCCGGAAGUUCAAGAUUGGCUUCUCAAGCGUGGGGCAAAAGGGCGGCACGGAGAGAUUCAAGGCCGACGUGGCCAUAGAGGCGUUCCUCUUGGACGCGAAGACGGACGCGUCGGGCCUCAACCUCACGUGCGCGACGCACGUGUUCAUCUGCGAGCCGCUGAUCAACACGGCAAUUGAGCUGCAGGCGAUAGCGCGGGUGCACCGGAUCGGGCAGCAGCGGGCGACGACGGUGUACUGCUACAUAGUGGCGGGGUCGGUCGAGGAGCGGAUAUACGCGCUGUCGGUGGAGCGGCGCACGGCGCACCUGCAACGGGUCGACGAGCGGGCGGUCGAGGCGGCUGAAGCACUGGAGCUGCAGCAGGCGCCCAACGUGCGGGCGCUGGUGGAGAAGAAGGGCGGCGGCGAGGUGGUGGGCCGCGACGACGUCUUUAGGAUCCUCUUUGGCGCGUAGUUGGACUAGGCACGAGAAUGCAGAUUGGCGAGAGGCUUGGCGAGGCUUGUUUGUGCACCCGUCACCCGUUCUCGCCUUCCCCAG